AAAGCUAGCAAGAACCAACACCUACCUCGCGCAGUAUACGCCGGUAAAUCAGUUAUGUUUAGUGUAAACGUUCGUUGGCAAGGAAAAAUAUACAAAGUUGAUGUUGAUCCAGAAGAUACAGGACUCAAUUUCAAGCAAAAACUGUAUUCUCAAACACGUGUCGCGCCAGACCGUCAAAAAAUAAUUAUUAGAGGAGGACAACUGAAGAAUGACACGGUUAUGAAAGACUCUGGCUUAAAGCCAAACAGCACGGUAAUGAUGAUGGGUACGAUUGGUGAUGUCUCGGCAAUUCCCGUCCCUGUCCAAAUGGACAUUCCCGACAAUGAGGACAUGGAAGAUGUAAAGUAUCCCUCUGGUUUAGUCAACCUCGGAAACACAUGUUACAUGAAUGCAACACUCCAAUUACUAAAAGCAAUUCCCGAAGUUGAAAGCGUCGCAUUAAAAAAUACCAAUUCCAGCAUUUUACUAAGAGAACUUUUGAGUUUGUUUCAAAGCAUGAAACCAAACGCAUCUAUUACUCCAUACAAGUUUCUCCAGGUGCUCCGUAUGCAGUACCCACAGUUUGGAGAAAAGAACGACCAUGGCGGAUACGCACAACAAGACGCCGAAGAGUGUUGGUCGUAUUUACUCAGUAUUCUACGUCAAGCAGGCCCAUGGGCAAAUAAAAACAUGGUCCUGGGAAUGCACUCUUCCAUGACUUGUGAUGAAGACAGCACAGAAAGUGCCACGGAGACUGAUGAUGAGUUUGUAAACAUUUCCUGUCAUAUUUCGAUGCAUACGAGCUACAUGACUCAAGGUAUUUUGGAGGGCUUGACCCAGCAAAUUACAAAACGCAGCGAGAAACUUGGUCGAGAUGCGAAGUACACAAAGGUUUCACGGAUUAGUCGCCUUCCCAAGUAUAUUGCUGUCAAUUUUGUCAGAUUUUACUGGAAGCAGUCCAUUGGUAAGAAGGCAAAAAUCCUUCGCAAAGUCAAAUUUCCCUUUGAGCUCGACGCCGUCGAGUUCUGUACUCCAGAACUAGCGCAGAAACUGGUACCCGUUCGCGACCAAUUUCGCGAGUUUUCUAAGUUUAAGGACGAAUGUGAACGUGCUCACAAGCGUUCCAAGAUUGAAGCUACUGAACAAGAAAAAGAACAAGAAGAAGAAGAUUUGGCUACACGAGUUGCUGUUUGUCAGUCACUCGUUAGUCCUGACCUUGCAGACGAUGAGGGAGCAAGUAAGUGCGGACUUUACGACUUAAUUGGUGUGCUGUCUCAUGCUGGCGCAUCCGCUAAUUCUGGUCAUUACCAAGCUUGGAUUCGAAAUCCCGAAAACAAGAAGGAAUGGUUCCAAUUCAACGACGACAAGAUUACUGUCGUGGAUCAGGACCGCAUUGAGUCCUUAGACGGUGGCGGAGAAUCUGACAGCGCUUACAUAUUGCUCUACCGAACCAAAGAGCUUCAGUAAAUGACACGGAACACAAGGGCGCCAAAUACUGUUGAAUGCCUUCUUCCUUCCACUAUAGUGCGAAGGCGGACGCAGAAGACAUUGUUUCUGGAUCCCCAUG